AUGUUGGUCAUUCCAAGCUGCUCUUUACGUUCCAAGUACAUUCGCACCAUCCCGAUCAAUCAAGUCAUUCUAGAUCCAGUAAACAAGUUGAAGUAUAUCAUUGAAGAGAAACGCUCCAACAACAAUACGCUUUCAAAGGUUGCUUCCCCAUAUUUUGGCGACGAAGAACCACUCGUAUUGGAAGUUAGCGAUGAAAGCUUGAAGAUUGCUAAUCCAAACCGGUUCAAUCCUUCAGUUUUGAUGAAAAACAGGAUUGCAGAGUUGAAAGAUAAAGUUGUACAAUUGAACAAUCAUUUGAACUCAUCAUCAAAGUACGAGCGAAUCAAGUAUUAUCUUGGAGAUGAAAAAGAUGGAAUCAUUUACGCCGUGAAAAUGAAUGGUUCUUUAGAAGAAAGUGAAUUGGAACUGGAAGCCUUUAUCAAAUCAACCUGGAAGAAUCCUGAUGUGUUGCACUCACUGAUGUUGGGUCAGAAGCGACUACAGUCCAAAUUGUUAGAGCUAUUAUCAAAGGAAUCGAUUGAAAAAGAAAUAGUCUUUUAA